UUGGUUUUAUCGCAUAGUAAUCAUUCACGAAGUGUUUAUUCAGUACUCGAAGGCUGUAACUAUAGCAACUUUAGCAACCAUGGUUUUAUAAAUAGCUCACGAAGGUUCUCAACCACUAACUCGGACAGCACACAUGUUGAGAAUAUUAAUGCUAAAGAGGAUGCCGUCGUUAAAAUGGGAGACUUCAGUUCUCUGGACUUGAAUCUGAGACAGUUGUGUAGAGUGUCGCACCAAAAUUUUCUGGUUUACGCGUACAAUCACUUCGACUUCGACACAAUCAUAAAAAUAAAUAACCAAGUGCUGGCUCCAUACCAGACGUACCACAGAAAGAAGACAGAGGACCACAGAAGGAAAUAUUUGGCAAAGUUCCUCAAGUGUAUAGCGAAGCACAAGCCGGAAAGUGACCACGAAAUGCUGGCAGAGCUGUUGAUAAGAUGCAUAGACUUGCUGACAUCGCACGACAUGUACUCGAUGUUGAGAGUGAGGUACAUCUUGAACUACGAUAACUCGUUUGAAACGUUGAGGUCGUCAAGAGGAAUUGACACGCUGGAAAAGUUCACGAAUGUGCAAAAGGCGAAGGAGAUAAGAGAUAAGGUGCUGGAGGAGAAGGCGUCGAAAAAUAAGACAGCAAAAAGAAAUCUGCUGAUGAGAUACCUGAAGAUAAAUAAACUAAAGUUCCUUAGGGAUCAAAAUAUAACGAAAGCAGUGUAUGAAGCGAACAUAGACUGGAACGAUGAAAAUAUAAAUAAAACGGAAAUGGAAGAAUCGAGAUUUGCAUUCAUAUAUAACCUGCCGUACAUAGAAAUGGAGUACCUAAAUGAUGGGUUAAAGAAGCUGCUGUCAAAUUUUGGAAAGGUUAAGAGGAUGGAGGUCAUAAAGGACAGAGUGCCUCCUCUGACGAGUUACCAAAGGCCGAACGUAAAUAGUAAAAAAGUAACAUAUCAGCCAAAGAAUAAAUACUCGCCACUGCACGCAAUAGUAGAGUUUGAAAGCAAGGAGGAAAGAAAUGAGCUGUGCAGCAAGAACCUGAGAGUGUUUGGGAUUUUGUUUUUUGGAAGGCUGAUAUACCCGGAGCUCGCAGAGUAUAAGCACAGCCUGAUAACGGCGUUAUAUCCGCCUUUUAAGAGAAUGACAGGAGCACUGCAAUACAUCGCAAACACACUGGUGGAUGCAAACGACGAGUACAACGACGAAGAUCAGUCGCACGGUAAGGACUGGUACAUAAAUAAGCUUUUAGAAUUUAGCACCUGUAAAAUUACGCCAUUCACGAGGAGGAAGAAAAAACAUGGCAGUCAGUUAGUAGUAACGGCAGAGAAACAUAGUAAAGGCACAAGUACGGAGGAAGAUGGCAAUAAGCAAAUAAGAGAUAACCACAUUGAUACAUCGAUGAUAGAAGAUAUAAAAAAGGAUACACUGGGAGAUCUGGAGCCGCAGUGGAUAGUGCUGAGGUUCAACAACUUCAAGCACGCGUACUACGCGAGGCAGAAGCUGGUGGAACAGCUGAAGUACGAGCCGAGAAGCUUCGUCUCAUUUGAUACGAAACGAUCUGUGUUCCACAACGGGAAGUACAUGGACCUGCCACUUUUCCGCUACAACCAGGAAAACGAAACGGAUAUAACGUAUUCAAACCUAAGUAGGAUGAAUCAGGAAGCGGAAUAA